AUGCGCAUGCAUAGCGAGUCUGGCAAACGCAGCUCGAUUAGAUUUGCUUACGUGUAACGUUAGUGAAGCUCUUCCUUCCUCCUCUUCCUAUCCUUCCUCGUUCCUCUUCUUAUCCUUCCAUCUUCCUCUUCUUAUCCUUUCUUCUUCUUCCCUCUUUAUGAUGCAUACUUUCUCCCCUUUUUGAUUCCCUCUCUUUUUUUUUUCCCCCCCCUUCCAUUCUUUACGUUGAUUUUUUCCACUACGCCGCUGCCCCCCCUUUUAUCUUUUUUCCGCUUCCCAAAUGAGCAAAAAGAAUCAAAAGAAGAAAAAAUCCAAGGGGAGAAAAAGGGAAAAUAAUUCCUCAUCCAAUGUAUGUGGCAAGCAUGACGAUGAGGUGAAUGAGGAGAAGGCAGCAGAUCGAGGAGGGGGACUCGGCAUAAACGGGCCAAGUGAGGAUAGCCCUGCCGCUGUAAUUAGCCAAGUUAGUGACACCCUGAAGAGGGAAAAAGAAAGGGGUGGCAGUGCACCUACUGGGGAGAUUGCAGAAAAGGGACGAAACCCUACCAGUGGAGAUGAAGCAGAUGGGGAGAAAGACAAAAAGGGGAACACCCUCCAUGGGGUGACCGACAUGGCGAAGGGCAAAACGAUGGACAAUGCGAAGAGCACCAAGCGAAGGAAAAAGAAAAGCGCUGCCGCACCGAACAUUCCCAACGAAGGAGCGAUCGAAAGUGGCAAAGUCAAAUCUGUUAACGACGAUGUGGACGAUAUUCCUAUGCCCAGUGGUGACCAAGGCGCGGAAGAACAAACGAGCAGCCUCUUUCCAAACAUCGACGUCGAUGCGAUGUACUCUUUGCUUGCAGAAAAGGCAGAGGACCAAAAUGAAUUUUUAAGGGACCUAAACAAAGAAAUAGAAAAAUUUAAAAAAAAAUUUAACGAUGCUAACGCGCUGUCAAGUGUGCGUAGAGACAGGCACAACUUUAGUAGUAACUACUCCAUCAAGAAAGAGGGGGAGAAGAGGGGAGCGCAGCAGCGCAUAGUGAUAGGUGAAGCGGCAAGUGGUACGAAUAACAACACUGGCAGUUAUCACCCCAUUGACAAAUGCAAUGGGCGCCCCAGGUGCGCCCUUUCCGAAAAGGAAAACUACAACUUUUACGAAAUGCUACUAAAGGGACAACCAUUUUUAAGACUAAAAAGAAAAAUUAAAAAAAAAAAAAAAAAAAAAAUUAAAAUGAGAACUAAGCACUACCAAGUGGUGAGCGACUUGUGUGGCAUGAGAACUGAAGGAGGAACCCCAUCGAAGACGAAGAGGAGGUACUACAUAUUCAAUUACAACUGCGGGAACACCAAAAUUCAGUCCAUCACGGGGUACAUCCGCUGCUUCAAGGGCUACUGCCUGUACAGGGGGAACAGCACCAACUCUGCCACUGCUAGCGGCACGAACAGCAGCCUGCGAAGCAGCCUCCACAGCAGUCUCCGCAGCAACCUUCGCAGCAGCCUCCGCGGUAGCCAUCAGCGAAGUCACCACCGCGGCCACCACCACAAUAGUGUCAAUGGUAGCCACGAUAGCUACAAUUUGAAGAGGAAGCUAAGCGAGGGGCGCUACACCCCAGGCGAAGUGGCCAUAUCGGUUCUGCUCUGCGCCAACGUGUCCAACUGCUUAUCCCCCUCGGAGUUCCUUGAGCUCCUACACCCCUUUGACAAUUUCAUAUUUUUUUUAAAAGUGUUAAACAAAAAGAACAACGAAGAGUACAUGAUUUACUUCCUAACCUUCGAUGUGUAUGCAAAGAGGAUUAUGAAGAAGGUCAAGAGGAUUAGCUUUUUUAACAUGAAAAAGAAAAAGAGAUUAAAAGUUUACAUCGUGAAGGACAUCACCAUGAAUGCCACUUCCCGGAUAAAGAAGAACACGCAGCGGAUGGUGCGGGUGAACACGUUUUACGAGGAGGGGGCAGAGGGGGAUACCAGCGGGAGGGUGACCGGGAAGGCGAUCCAGAACGGUGAGCAGGGCUUACCGCACCCCCAUGAGAAUAUCCACCCCCCUCACAGAAGCAGAUUUAUUAACCCCCUUUACCUCAUUUCGCAAAACAAAUUGCAGCUCUCCUGCGCAGUUUGCCUGGAGCCGCUGUACUCGGACAGCCUCAGUAAGGUAAUAUCUCACAUUUUUAAUUUAAACUUUGGAACGCAGAAAGGGAGGGAGCCCAAGGCAAGGGACCCGCCCCCACCCAACCAGGGCAGGGGAAGCGGUGAUGGCGAUGGCGAUGGCAGUGGUGUUGUGAUUCCCACCGCUAACACGGGCGCUGCCCUUUUUGGCGAAACGUAUUACGGUGAGGAUGAACCGAGCAGAAAAGUAAGUAGGAGCAACAGUAAUAGCAAUGGCAACAGCAAUAGCAGCAGCAGCUCACGCAGCUCGUGUAGCUCGCGCAGCUGCCAAAGCAGCAGGCACAGGAAUGGUCGCCCGUACGAAACAAAAGCGCGGGGCAAGCAAACGAAGAAGCGCCAGUAUUGCGUUAAGACGUUGAGCAGUUACGCCGCCGAGGACCGCAGGAGCUACUACCUAUCCGUUACCUCCUUCAUCCAUAGUAUACAAAAAGAGUACUACAAUCAAGUGAAGAAAAAAAAAAAAAAAAAGGAGAGGAAAACAAUUUUUAAUAACGUCUGCAUUAACAUUCUGUGUGGCCACAUAUUCCAUUCCAGCUGUCUCAAAAAAUGUUGUUUCACGUCUUGUCCCAUCUGCCGAUAUAAGCAGUACAACUAUCAGAUAGCCAAUUGCGAUGUAUGUGAGAAGAACCAAAAUGCAAAAAUUUGUUUAUUUUGUGGCUUCAUUGGAUGUUCUGUGAAUUAUGAUCGCUUGAAUAAACUGAAGGAGAUGAAAUUAAAGGAGAAAAAAAAACUCCUCAGAAGGAAAAAAAAAUUGAUUGCACACAUAAGGUACACCUUCUUACGAAUAGUAAAUUUUUUUAUAAAGGGAGACUACACUGUUGCGUCUCCCUUUGUAGAUGCAGGGGCAGAUCGCCAACGUGUUUGUGGCCAGUCCAUGGAGCAGGCAAGCAAAAUAAAUAAUAUGAGUGAACACAUAUGUAGUGCCAUUUUUCAACGGGGGGGAAAUACCCUUCUCGAUGUGGACGCAAAAUGUGCAAGUGUCAACGGGAAGGGGGUAUCCAACCAGUUGGCAGUGCCCAUCGAGGGAGCCCCAGAUGAAGGAGAAAAAGAAAACAAAAAUAAUGACCCUCACCCUAGCUCAACAAAAAAUGGAGUCAACCCCCAAUUGCAAAUACAUAGCGUAAGCGGUAAGACUGCUAAUUUUGAGGUACACCUGUGUGCAGAAAAAAAAAUUGUCGUCGAAGGGUUGGACUUUUCCACAGAGCUCACUGCAUGUGGGAGGAGCAGGGUGAACUUGGCGAGACAUGGCUCUUUCAGUUCCUUUCUCAGAUUUAGAAAAAUGAUGAGGAUGGACCGAAAGAAGGGAAAAGGUACCAACCGCGGGUGGAGGCACAAAAGGGGUGAAAACAAAAUGGGCGCAGGGAAAACCAACCAGGUAAACGCUAGACAUGAAAAGAAGCGCCAUAAGGGGAGCGCAACUGGAGUGAGUAGGCGACGUGGCCGGCUUGAAUGGAGCGGCCGAGCCAAGCGCGAAGGGGACUCCUUCAACAAAUACGACCUCGUCAAGAGAGACAUGAACACCCGCAAAGAUUCCAUCGAGAGGAGGAAAAAGAAAAAACUCGUGGACCACGCAAAGGACCAUUUCUGCGAAACGAUGCACAACUACUUCUUCGACAUUUCCAAAAACUCCGUGUUCGAUUACAGCAGUAACUUGUACAUAAAAAAAUUAAUAAAUUUAAAAAGUGGGAAAAAAAAUUUGAAAAAAAUCUACUCAGCAAAUAUAAACAUGAAUGGAAAAGAAGAAAUUAUUGACAAAAAAAAUAUCAUCAUGUACAUUUACGAAUUUAACCAACUGUUAAGUGCCUUAUUGGAAAGUCAGAGGGACCAUUUCAUGUCCUGUAUUUAUGAAUUGAAAUUAAAUUAUGAAAAUGUUAACAGGGAAAACUCCAGGGAAGCGAGCAAAUGUUUGAGUGAGUUAAGAGUGGCACAGGAAAGAAACAAACAGCUGAAAGCCCAGGUGAAAAAAAAAAUUAGCAUUCUUCAGGAGAAGGCCAAAACGAAUGCCCAACUGCUGCAGCAGCUCAGGAACGUCGAAAUUGUAAAUGCAAAACUGUGUGAAGGUCAGAAGCAAGAAAUUCAUAACCAGGAAGCUCUGGCCGAGGAGAAGAGGAAAAUGAUACGGGAGAAGCAGCAAGUUAUACGCGAGCUGAACCAGCAGAUCACCGAUUUGACCUUCCACAAACAGGCAGCGGCGAAAUUUUCUCAAAACUCCGGAAUGACGAAUUCGUCCUUCAUUAUAGGGGAGAAGAUGGCUCCGAAGAGCAGGUUCAAGAAGCGGUAA